AUGAUCGAGCAGGAGUUGCCGGAGGAGAAGCGCGCGGACGCGGUGAGCAGCAUGGUGUACGAGGCGAGCGUGCGCAUCCGGGACCCCGUCUAUGGCUGCGCCGGUGCCAUCUGCCGGCUGCAGAAGCAGGUCAGCGACCUCAAGGCACAGCUCGCGCGCGGGCACGCCGAGCUCACCGGCGCUCGCGCACACCACUCGCACCUCCUCGCGCUCCUCUGCGUCGAGGUCGCCACUGGCAGGCACAUCGAGUCACCGGCCUAUUGCGCGGCCAUGGACUACUCCUCGCAGCUCGUCGCCCCCACCGCCCAGGCCGCCACGCGCUGUACUCGUAAAGCAGAGCAGAGCAACAAGGGCAAAGGUGAAAUCUCCAAGACUCGUAGCAUUGCGGUGUCAAUGGAAUGA